UUAUUUUCUCUCGCUCCCUCAGGUACAUGAUGAUGAAAGACUGUUGGCAUGCCAUCUCAUCCCAGAGACCCACUUUCAAGCAGCUCGUCGAGGAUCUGGACAGAAUCCUCACCCUCAACACUAAUGAGGAGUAUCUGGACCUGUGCGCCCCAACAGAGCAGUAUUCCCCCAGCUUCCCAGACACACGCAGCUCCUGCUCCUCCAGUGACGACUCUGUGUUUUCCCAUGACCCCUUACCAGACGAGCCCUGCCUUCCCAAGUACCAGCACAUCAAUGGAAACGUUAAGACAUGAGCCACGCACCUUCCCUCUCUACCCCAAGCUUGUUCAGCCCCUCUUACCCUUCGACGUCCUAAAACACACACAGUGCCUCCGUCAUCAACUCAACCUCCUGCCCCUGCCAAUAAUCCCUCUGGCUCUCAAUGGACUGAGCGAGAGCCCCGGAAGGGCCUGGGCUGGUGGCAGCGCUGCUGUCACACACUCUUACUGCCAUGUGCUCACACACACUACACACACUACAUGCUCACAUGAGGUCUUAAAUGAGAGGACAGGGUCCCUGCAGAGGCUGUUUCUUUGCUGACUGAAUGGACUGGCAUUCACCAGGGGGGGGAUCCUCUUCCUCUCUCUUCAUGUAAAUACUCAAAGACUUUGAAUUUUGGUUUCAUGUUUGUAACCAGAGAGGCAUUACGCGUGUUUGGCGAUCCCGUUCCAGUGGCUGGCAUUUUGAGACUGUUGUUUGCCCCUGGAGGAAUGUAUGGAUCCAUGUGAACUUCAAAAACAAGGGACGAGAAGAGGACAAUGUAUAGGAAAAAGGACUCGGGAGACAGAGCUCCGACUAACAAAACAGAGGAAUAGGAAGAGAGCACAUAUAGGAACUACUCUCCUGUUUAUUUUGUAAUAUUGAUGCAUUUCUUUUUCAAUUCUCUUGAUAAAGCUUCCCGAUUAUUCUGGAGAAAAAAACAAUACACAGUAUAAUGUAUAGUGCUGGGUAUAUUUGUAAAUAUAUUCAAAUAUGUAUAAAUAUAUAUUAUAUAUUUACAAUGAAUUAUUUUUUGUAUGGACUCUGAAAUAACCCCCAUCUCACCCGACCCUGCGCUGUGUUUGAGGCAGGAAUGGUAACAGGUUACGUGUACUCUAUUUCUCUUCACGCACACACACGCUCACACGCGCAGACAUGGACACACACACUUACCUACACAAACACCUGUCUUACUCUCAUUCAGUAACACAGUCGAGUAUUGGCUUUCAGGGACUGAGGUAGCAUGUUAAUUUAUUGACUUAUUUGUUUUUUGAAAUUAUUCAAGAAAAAGAAAGAACAAAAACUAUGUGGCAGAGAUGAUUACAUUAAUGAUGCUGACAAUACAUAAAUAAUCCAUUCAAUUUAUGGUAAUUUAAAAUGGUCUUUCAACAGUAACAGAAAAAAAGAUAUUUUUAGGUUUGAAAGAUCCAGGUUUUGUAAGUUUUAUAUAUGAAUGUGAAUUUAAGUUAAAUGUUUUAAUAAGUGUACAUUUUAUAGUCAGCUAAUCCCUUUCUAAUGUAGAUAUUGAUGCCAUUUCUCUCCAGUCAUUUGACUCUUUCUUAGCGUCGCUUUAGGAAACGAGGUUGAUUUCUGGACAUUCAUGUAUGGUUAAAAGAAUUCUUUUUCAAAACCUACAAACAAUCCGCUCCCUCAUUUAGACUUAAAUAUAGACUCCAAAUUUACUUGACAGAAUUGAAAGCUGAAAAACAAAGUGUUAAAUCAUUCAAGUGUUUGUUUUUUUUUCUACUGGACCAACUUAAAGAUGUUUUUUUGCAAGUGUUUAUGUCACAUUUGCGAAAUAAACGAUGGAAAAAAUAUAUUCUUGUCCUAAUCUGUGAUUUUAUUGAAAGAAUGAAGUGAAGGGCACAGAGGCUGUUUACUCCCAUAUGUUGAAAGAAUGUGCGUUAUACUUAAACUGCACUUUGGUCUGAACCUCUUCUACUUGAUAUGGGUGGAGACGCUCAGUCGUCUUUUUUUUCUUUUCUUGCUGUGCUUAGGAGAAAGUAUUUUGUUUGUAUGCUUUCAGUGUAAACUUACUAUUCAAAGAGGAGGGAUUUUCCAUCAUGUCUGCAAUUAAUUCAGAAAAAUGAAUCUGCUGGGUCUCAAUAAGUGGGCACAGCUUGUUGUUUUUCAGACAAGAUUUUUCAAUAACAGGCCAUGUCUUCAUAAAAAAAACCCAAAAAAAACGGUUAGGCCUCAGCAC